GCUGCUGGGUGCACGGCUCAGCCAAUCAGCCGGGGGCAGCGCUGACGUCACCCCGCCCUGCGUCACACCAAUGGAGAUUGAGCUGAGUUGGAGCAGAGAAGUUUGAGUAAGAGAUAAGGAAGAGAGUGUGUGAUCAGCACUGACUCCAGCAGCAGCAGAAGCAGCACUGCAGCCUGGGCUCCUGCAGCCGGCACCCCCCUCAUUCACCUCAGCCUGGGUAUACUGCAAGCUGACACCAUCACACUGUGGACCCUGCACCCUCUCACAGACAUGGGAGACAUGGGAGACCCUCCAAAAAAAAAGCGCCUGAUCUCCCUAUGUGUUGGCUGCGGGAAUCAGAUCCACGACCAGUAUAUACUAAGGGUAUCCCCGGACCUGGAGUGGCAUGCUGCCUGUCUCAAGUGUGCAGAGUGCAACCAGUAUCUGGAUGAGACUUGUACUUGCUUUGUUAGGGAUGGAAAGACUUACUGUAAAAGGGACUAUAUCAGGUUGUAUGGCAUCAAGUGCGCCAAGUGCUCGCUGGGCUUCAGUAAGAACGACUUCGUGAUGCGCGCCCGCUCCAAGGUCUAUCACAUCGAGUGUUUCCGCUGUGUGGCCUGCAGCCGCCAGCUCAUCCCCGGGGACGAGUUCGCAUUGCGGGAGGAUGGACUUUUCUGUCGGGCGGACCAUGAUGUAGUCGAGCGGGCCAGUCUAGGGGCCAGCGACCCCCUCAGUCCCCUGCACCCUGCUGCCCGUCCCCUGCAGAUGGCAGAACCCAUUUCUGCCCGGCAGCCGGCCCUCAGACCCCACGUCCACAAACAGCCAGAAAAGACCACCCGGGUCCGGACAGUUCUUAAUGAGAAACAGCUUCACACCUUGAGGACCUGCUAUGCUGCCAACCCCAGGCCUGAUGCCCUCAUGAAGGAACAGUUAGUGGAGAUGACUGGCCUCAGUCCCAGGGUCAUCAGGGUCUGGUUCCAAAAUAAAAGAUGUAAAGACAAGAAGAGAAGCAUCAUGAUGAAACAGCUCCAGCAACAGCAACCUAACGACAAAACGAAUAUUCAAGGGAUGACAGGGACCCCUAUGGUGGCUUCCAGUCCCGAAAGACACGAUGGUGGAUUACAAGCCAACCCAGUAGAAGUGCAAAGUUACCAACCCCCAUGGAAGGUCCUGAGUGACUUUGCCCUGCAGAGUGACAUUGAUCAGCCGGCUUUCCAGCAACUGACCUGUUUCUCACAGGUUAAUUUUUCAGAAGGGGGUCCAGGUUCCAAUUCUACUGGAAGUGAAGUGGCCUCCAUGUCCUCCCAGCUCCCAGACACCCCUAACAGCAUGGUAGCAAGCCCCAUCGAGGCAUGAGGAGAAUGAACUCUAUGGUCUCCCAACCCAACCCCUCUUUUUGUAUUACCAAAAAAAAGGGACACCUAUUGGCUUGGACUUAGUAUUUGACGACCCAGCUUGAUGCACCAGAGCACCCAGGAUAGUCCAUCUGAUGCAUAGAGACCAUCUGGUGAAGAUGGCAUGGUAGCAACACUGUGAAGACAAUCAUGGGAUCUUACUAGGAUUGAACAGUAUCCAAAAAAAAAAAUAAUGGUCGUAUAGGAGCAUUACCACCACCAGUCCAGGACCAGGGCCUAGAGGAUUUAUAUCUGUGGAUCUCCAACAAUAUACAUGAAUAAUGUAGUCCUACAUCUCACGACAAUAGACCAAGAUGGAGAGAUAGCAGAGGAGAUCUUAAUGGUGCUGCUUAUCUGUGGAACAUUACUUCAUCAUUUGCCUUGACAAACAGGAGCUCCAAUGGAGGAUGGGGCUGCAGAGCAUGGAAGGUGGAGGAAACAUCAUGGAGGAUUACAGGUGGAGCCAUUGGGUUGCAAUGUUCUCAAGUGACUAUAACAAAAGGAGCUGUAUCCAGGCCUCACAUAGCAUGUAACUGUUUCCGAGAUCCCCCUCCUCAUAACAAGAAGUCCAAAAAAUAAUACAACAAAAACAUUGCUUUCAUUUUUUUUACCUGCCUUUUAAUAUUAUCCGUUUAUUUUUAUUUUUAUUUCCAACAUCCAACUCUUGGAAGCAUUGCAGCAACAACAAGGUAUACCUCUAUUCUGCCACAGGCCUCUCUGGAUUGUGUGUGAUUCUUAAAGAGACAAGAACUUCUUUCUCCCCGCAUCCCCAAAGAUGUGUAUAGUUAUUAUUAUUAUUAUUAUUAUUAUUGGUUCUAAACGACUGUUCUCUCUCUGGAAAUGACGAGAAAGGGAUUUUUUUUUUGUUUGCUAUUAUUGCAUUGCAGAAAUUAUAAAGUAAUUUAUUAUUUAUUGUCGAAAGACUUUGCCACUUUUCAUGUUAUUUGAAUAUAUUUUUUUUGUUUGCUGAAGUAAAAAAGAAAGAAAACCAAGAAAACCCCUGUUUGUAUGGUGGUCUCUCUGAAUUACAUGUUGUCUUGUGUGUUUGUUGUUGUCUCUUCCUAUUUAAC